GUUGAUGAAUCUCCCAAGAGUUCAAUAAAAGCCUGCGAUCUCAUCGCUACUUUUACUUUCCCCCUGGUUGAAAAAUGGCGGCACGUCUCAGCCUCACUCUACGCCAUCCGUUUCUCCCCGCCAGUUAUCCAAUUCCAGCCAGGGCUACUCAAUUCCGCAGAUUCGCAGUUCAGAACUGCGUCUCCGACUCAUAUGAUUCGCGCAAGCUCGUCUUGGAAGUGAAGGAGAAACUCGAAAGGGAAUAUAAUAGUCUUCCUCUUGGUCGGAAUGGAAGGGACGAUGAAGAGAUGAUACUCUGGUUUCUGAAGGAUCGAAAGUUUUCCGUUGAUGAUGCGGUUGCAAAAUUAACGAAAGCAAUUAAUUGGCGUCAGGAAUUUGGCGUAGAUGAACUGUCUGAAGAUUCAGUUAAAGGAAUGGCUGAAACUGGGAAAGCAUUUGUCCAUGAGUUUCUUGAUGUCAAUGGCAGGCCAGUACUCAUAGUUGUGGCUGCCAAGCAUUUACCUGCAGUCCAUGACCCUCUUGAGGAUGAGAAACUCUGUGUGUUCUAUGUAGAGAAGGCACUGAGCAAGCUUCCAACUGGAAAAGAAGACAUCCUUGGAAUAAUUGAUCUGCGAGGUUUUCGUACUGAGAAUGCAGAUCUUAGGUUCUUGACGUUUUUGUUUGAUGUCUUCUACUUCUACUAUCCGAAACGACUUGGUCAAGUCCUCUUUGUGGAAGCUCCAUCUGUGUUCAGACCACUAUGGCAACUUACUAAGCCAUUAUUAAAAUCCUAUGCAUCUCUGGCGAGAUUUUGUUCCAUAGAUACAAUCAGGAAGGAAUACUUUACUGAAGAUACACUGCCUGCCAUCUUUAAAGACUGAGGAAUUUUGGCACUCUCGACAAACAGGUCCAAAUUAGGUAGAAUUAAGACAAAAAAACUUAGAAUAUUAUAAAAUUCCAUCUGUUCUUAUUUUUGGGGAAAAAAGAAGAAGAUUAUUUCAAGAACAUUUGAUAUUCACUUUGCUAGUUGUUGGGGCUACUUUUCUCCAGAGAUGAAGGUCAGUGUUAGCAUAAGCCCAUGCAACACAUAAGUUUCUGUGUUCAAUAUCAUUUCUUCAUGAUUUUCAGAAACCUGACUAAAAAACAGAAUUGUGGAUUGGUACCUAAGUUGGAAUGGAGCUUCUUGAUUGAUAACAGGAAUUCUGCAUAUCCAGGUUCACUGCUUGCGGUUUCUGCAAUAAUAUUUCAUACAAAUGAAAAGGGGUAGAAUUCAACUUUUCUCCCCUCAACUUGUAUGUUCUGAUUGGAUACACGAUGAGGGAUUCCGAGAUUUUCGAGUACUGGUUCAAACUUGGCGUGUGGAGGUAAGUGAUUCCACCUCAAAGAAGUUUUAACACAUGAUUUUUAAAUUUUGUAUCAUGUUAAAUUGUCAGUACAUGUACUUAAACUUCUAUAAUGUUAUAAACAUGUUAUUUUGCAUAAGAAAGGAUUCUCAUUUGCUUUCUCCCUCCA